GACCGGUUUAGGAGAAUGGCCAGAACAGUUAUUAACAUGUUGAGAUUAGUAUCAACACUACGUCAAAGACAGCGACCUGUGGAAAAGAAUUGGAAGUUUCUGCCUUGGGCGAUCGUAUAUGACCACUUGGGGCUACACCGUACAGAAUAUGAAGAACUUGGUCUGACCUUUGACCCUACAGAAUACAAACUUAAUAAAGAGACUCGGAUCAGUAAUGAGGCUAGAAAAAUACUGUGCAUGGAGCCGGUUGAUCGGACGAAGGAAGACCGUCACGUGGCUAUGACGUCACUACAGCAGACGGUGGAGCCGUUUUGUGAAUUCCCCCUCAAGAUGCAGAAGUCCCUUGUUCGAGUCGGCUGGUAUGAACAGUUUGAAGCAGGUCGGGUAAUCAUCCGACAAGGUCAAAUUGCAGACAACUUCUACAUGAUUCUAUCAGGGACAGCCGUGGUGACGAUACUGAACACUGACAAGGUGACAGGCGAACAAUACGUCCACACGGCCAACAUACUGGAGAAAGGAUAUUGCUUCGGGGAGUUGGCUUUGAUGCACCAAGCCAGGCGGAGUGCAACAGUGACGUGUCGAGGAUGUGUGGAGCUAUUGGCUGUAGGCAGAGAAGAUUUUAUUGAAAUCUUUAUGAAAGCGGAACGUGGAAAAGUCCCGGAACACCUGACGUUUCUACGCAAUCUGGAAAUAUUGCGAGGAUGGCCGACAGAAAUUGUACCUCAUAAUAACCCCAAGGCGUGUAUUUUUCUUUACGUAAGACGUGACUAUGUUCUGUGUAAGGACAGCAACUCCUCUGAUUGGAUCUAUAUCAUCAUGACCGGGUCGUGUCGCGUGCUCAAGUCUCUGCGAGCAGUCAGACCUUCCAUAGGCAGAUCAGACGUCCACAUACCUCAGUCACCCAGGUCUACUUCGUCACGAUCAUCACCAACACGUUCAAACCCCUCUAUGUCUGGAGGUUCUAGUCCGACGCCGUCAUCAAACCAGUCUCCGAAAAGAGUUCGACGACAAGGCAUAAUCCGAGCAGUGCCAGCCAUCAACGAGUUCAGACGAUCUCGGACCAUACCAAUAGUCAAAAUGCGGUCAGAACACGAAUUACGACAAGAAAUUAACGAGCACUACGAGAAACUGAACAAUGUUCACAACAGACUACACCCGAAGUUGUCCGUAUUGGACCAUAAGAAGGUGCUAGACGCCGUGUUUGACGAGAGAAGACUACUCCCAUCAGUCGAUGGGCUGAAGACACAGUCAAGUAAUGAUUCUUCGCAGAAGCGGGUGAAACUUAAAGACAACGAACAGUGUGCUCCGGAUAUCUUCAUUGAAAUCGAAAAACUGGGGCCAGGAGAUAUAUUUGGUUUGGAGCAGGUUAUAAUGUCUGGGAUUCGAGAAUCAACGAACACCAGUCUCAUAUCGGACGGUGCAGAAUGUAUUCUUCUCAACAGGAAGUUCUUCAGGAAACAUCUUUCAGAAGAUAUUGCUAAGCGAAUGAGGACAGAGAUCCGACCCUUACCUUCGGAAGAGGUGUUACAACAGAAGCUACAGAACCAGAUAGACUGGGAAGCCUUCAGACACAUGACUGUCAGUGACCAAAUCGCCUACAAACAGCAUGUUGAAAGAACGGUGUUGAAGUACUGAACAGGCACAUGUAUAUCAAAGCAUGUGUUUGUAUUGAGAUGCUGAAUAGUUAGGGCACACACACAUAUCGAGAAAUGGACAAUAUUAGCCAUUCAUUAGAAGAUACAUGCUGGAAGGAAUCAGUUUUAAUAGUUCAUAUCUUGCGCAUUAGUACUAAUAUGUGAAAAGGGUACUGCGUCCAAGUAUCAGUGUGUAAAUGUUAUUGAAUCCAAGUACAUGUAUUGAUGUAAACAGGCUCUGCCUCCAAGGGCUUGUGUGGAACUACCUUACUAGUGUAAUAAGAACUACAUGCAAGUAGUAGUGUGAAAGCAGUACAAAAUCCAAAAACAAAUGUAAAAUGGGUAUUUUUUUCUGUGAGUACUAAAGAGAAAAUAAUGCUUCUGCCAAAAUGGUAUUGCAUCCACAGAUUAAUCAAUCAAAAUCGAUCACUUUAUUUGUCAGUUUUAAACAGCCUUUGGCUGAAACCAAAUGUAUACAUUUCGAGAGAAAUGGUCACACUAUGAGAUAUGAGAUAGUAUUAACAGAAAAAUUUAGCUAUUAAUGUAACAAUUAUACUGCAGUCAAAAACAAAUGUAAAAAUGGCAAUGUUUCCAAUUAUUAGCAUAAAACAAUACUGCUCCCAUGUAGUAAGGUGAAAAUGGUACAGCCAUCACAUAUCAGUGUGGAAACAUGAUAUUAUUUUAGAAUGGUAAGAUCCAUUGUCAAAUGUUUAUUCAGUGGUGACUUCAGAUUUUAAGAUGUUGAUCUUUUAAUUUCAUUGCCGCCUCUAAGUGCCAUUUUUCAUUCUUAAAUGUAUAUAACUGAGAGAAACUUUAUUUUAUUAGUAAACACACUGGAGUUUCACGUUAAACCAUUUUUGAUAUAAAAACAUUAUGAUCCUGUUUAUUUUCGUCUUUAUGGUAACUGACCAAAAAUAUAGCUUUAUGGAACGGUACUACUUUUACACUAGUUCUGAUCAGCAAAGGAAUGUUGAUUUGUUCACUUACUUAUUAUUUAUUUUUGAAGACAGUGUUUAUAUUAAAAAUAAGAAAUAAAUUGUUGU